UUCAACCUCAACUCACCCAAACCUCAAAAUACACAAUAUUUCCCCUUGACACGCUUUAUAAUCUCACUUUACCCUCGCCUUGAUCCGUCUUCUGUCUGAUCAACCUCAUUCUUCACUUAGAACCCCUCACCUCCUCUAUAAAAGACAGCACAAUCCCCGCCAAAAUGGGUUACGAAGAUUCCGUCUACCUCGCGAAGCUCGCUGAGCAGGCUGAGCGCUAUGAAGAGAUGGUCGAGAACAUGAAGAAUGUUGCAUCUGAAGAUCAAGAGCUCACCGUUGAGGAGCGCAACCUUCUGUCCGUUGCUUACAAGAACGUCAUCGGAGCCCGCCGCGCGUCGUGGAGAAUUGUCACCUCGAUCGAGCAAAAGGAGGAGUCGAAGGGAAACGCCGGCCAGGUUACUCUCAUCAAGGAGUACCGCCAAAAGAUUGAGGCCGAGCUCGCCAAGAUUUGCGAGGAUAUCCUUGAGGUUCUUGACAAGCACCUGAUCCCAUCUGCCCAGAGCGGAGAGUCCAAGGUUUUCUACCACAAGAUGAAGGGUGAUUACCACCGUUACCUCGCUGAGUUCGCCAUUGGCGACAAGCGCAAGGAGUCCGCCGACAAGUCCCUCGAGGCUUACAAGAACGCCACUGAGGUUGCCCAGACUGAUCUCGCACCAACACACCCAAUCCGUCUUGGUCUUGCCCUGAACUUCUCCGUGUUCUACUACGAGAUCUUGAACUCCCCAGACCAGGCUUGCCACCUCGCCAAGCAGGCCUUCGAUGACGCCAUUGCUGAGUUGGACACCCUCAGCGAGGAGAGCUACAAGGACUCCACUCUUAUCAUGCAACUCUUAAGGGAUAACCUGACCCUCUGGACCUCUUCUGAGGCCGAGCCAGCCGCCGAGGCCGCUCCCGCUGAGGAGAAGACUGAGGCUGCCGCUCCAGCACCUACCGAGGCCAAGGCCGACGAGUAAAUUGACAAAAGCUGGCGUUCCUGAUCGGUCAUGCGGGUUACUUGUGAAGUAAUGGGGUUGCUUUUAGCACGUUUUCGCAUAACCUAUUUGUCGACACACAAACGACGGAGCUUUUUGGAGGUUCAUUCACAGAAAAUCUUUGCGCGCGCUAUACGUUUUUCUGAUGGGGGACCCCUAACGCGUUCCAAGGCUAUCUUUGUUACCUUUUUGGCCUCGUCUAGUUUGUCAAGAAUAGAAUUUGCCCCUGCACUGGCCGAUGGCGUCUUCCACACAACCUUUUUUGUCGCUCUCUCUCUCUCUUCUCUAUCUCUCUCGAUCGAUCAAGCGUAAACACACAAGACAAAGAUUCCUUGAUUUCUUUAAUCUCCGGCGGGGUAUAGAGGUCUUACUACCCAAGUGGGCGUCUCUAUCUCACUUAGACAGACUAUGAAUAAAAAAAAGCAUUUGCAC